AUGAGUUCUGAAAAGAGGCAUUCGUUACCUCCUAGAAGUAUUUUGAAGCAAAAAUCUAACUAUGACGAAGAAGAUCGAACCUCAGAUACUCUGCAGAUAACAUCUCAGAUUCAGUUCCCUACUCACGGGUUGACAAAAGAGCAGCUACUUGGUGGAAACAACACUACAUCUAGGAUUAACACCACACAACUACAUUCUAAGCUGAACCGUAGGGUUUCAUUUGCUCCUGAUGUGACGUUACAUAAGUUUGAUUUUGUUCCAGAACUUCCUACGAAGAUUAGAGAACCUAGGAGGAAGAGCAUGCUCAAUGCCUUUGAAAGCAAUGGGAAUGAAAACGAUACUAUGGAAUUUACUAAUCCAGUUACUACUGCUUUCAAAAAGGCGACUGAUGAAAUUAAUAAGUCUCCAUCAUAUGAACCUAUAUUUGACAAGGAGGUUUCCAUGGAAAUUACUCAGUUGUUCACAAAACAUAGUGCCAAGCCAGAUGUUGAAAAUGAUGAAUCUAGUAUCGUGAAACAAAACGAUGAACAAUCUUUGGAAUUAACUGAUGUUCAGACUGUUGGACAUCCCAAAGAAUUUAAUGAACUACACGUUAUUAAUGAAUCUAUGGAAAUGACAGGGACGCUGGAGUCUGAAAAAGACGACGACCAUGCAGAACCACAAAUGAUUGAAGAAUCGAUGGAAAUAACAGGCCAACAGAUUCUGAACGAGGCACAAGAUUCGUUUCCGUUACAACAGGAAGAACGAAAUACUCCGCCUAUUCAAGACGAAACAAUUAACAGUGAUCUAAUGCAUUUGACGGAUCUGGGUCCAGCUUUGAUGGAUGGAGAGUACCGUAUGAAAGACCAGGAGGAGUCAACGAUGCAAAUGACAAAUAUAUUUGAACCAGAACUGAAUGAAAAAGCUUCUUAUGGUGGAGAUACGAUGGAUUUUACAAAAGUAGCAAGACCCCAAGCAAUGGGGAAUUUUCCCUCCUCCCAAGUUGUUACGUCGACACAGGAAGUUCAGCGGUCAGAUUCCAAUGACAUUCUGUUAAAGGUUUCAUCGUCCAAGAGAAGGAAGCUAGCUGAUGGUAGCUAUAUAUCUCCAAAGAAGACUAGUGAGGUGCAUGAGGAGCUUUCAGAUGCUGAGAGACUGUCACCUAUUCCUCUUCCAGCGGAGUAUUCACCAGAUAAAAACGUGAAAUCAUCUUCAAUUAUGGUUCUUUCUCCUGAGAAAGGAAGCCGAGAUACAUUCGAGGAAUCCUCAUACAAAGAAUUUCAAGUUCUUUCUAAGGAGGAAGCCAUUGAGCCUAUAUCCUUAGAAAGUUUUCUUGAUGCUACUGGUGUUUCAUUUCUCAUAGAUUUGCAAAUAAUUGAAAAGAUUGAAAAGAUUGAAUUUAGGUACACGGAAGAUAUAACAAAAGUAUCCACAGCUCAAAUUUAUAAUGCAUUGUAUUUGCAAAUACCGAUUUUGGAGAUUUACUCUUUCAUAGUAAAGGAGCUUUAUCGUCGUAUACAUGAUUCUCAGGAGUUGUUUCAUGAGGUUCAAGAACAAAUAUCGAAUAAUUCUCCACCGCUUCUAUUCAGGAGUUAUUUUGAAUCAAGUGAUGAAGUAAAAAAGCUGAUGAAUGAACAAAUUGUAUUGAUUAAAUCAUUUGCUAGAAUGGAGGCUAAGAAGGUUUGGCUUGAGUGGAGAUGCCAACACUUAAAGGGCAUCAAGUCAGUUUUGGAAGAAAACUUAUCAUUGGUGCAGACAGAAUAUGCGGGCGUCGUAAAACACUUGAAUGAAAUAAACGAUAUAAAAGAUCGUGUGAAGACCAUCGAACAGACUUUGAUGAGAGAGCUCCAGACACUGAAAAACGGUGGACCAGUUGUUAGGCAUGGUUCCAGCAUUGCUGAAAGAAUGAAGAUCGAAAAGCUAAAACGUGAGCUCUCUGAUAAUAUGGUCAAAUUGAAUGGAUUAGAAGAUCUUGAAAAACAGAGAACAAUAAUUCGUGAGAAUAAAUCAAAACUGCACUCUCAAAUCGCGGCGGUUAAAAAAGAGAUUGAUUCCCUGAAGGCCUUGCUUAAUAGAAAAAAGAUCCAUUCAUCAUAUGAUGUAAAAAAACUGCAGAACAUGUUCUCCCAGAUUCAGCUAUUUACUGGCAUCAACUUUGUUAAAUUGGUAGGGUCUGAGUUGCAUCUUAGCCUAAAAGCCAACAAAGUAAACAUCGGCUUCGACUUACUAAAGACCAAUAAUCCACAAGCAGUCUCAAUAACUUUAAAUGCGACAUCAUCCUUCGAGGAAAAUAUCUUUAAAUACAUUACAAAGAAACUAAAGCAGAAAUCUACCAACGCAUUCUCGUUAAUUCUAGAUUUACAAGCAGAAUUAUAUCUGAUAGAAAAACUGAGCGCCGAAUUCCAACGACUUCAAUACGUAUUCCCUUCAAAAAUCCUUACCCGCAACGACCAUGAUCUAACUAUCAAGAUUACUGACUUUGAAGCUUCCUCGAACUCCAAAGUAAUCUAUUACAUUAACGUCUCAGAUUUUAUAUCUGUCAUCAACUCCCCUAAUUCAAAAAAGAUCUCCGCGCAAGCUCAAAUACUCUAUGGCGACGACCUCACACAAGCCCUCCUCGAGCAGCACAUUAAUGCACGCACCAGGAAACUUUUGCCCUGGUUUAAGCACGUCCAAAUCUUCCUUUAG